AGUUUGAACUCCAUGGGUCCAUUUCUAUGCAAAAAUUUUUCCCCCAAUUCCCAGCAUUUUAAAGCUGAGUAUACAGAGAAUUGAUUUUUAUCUGUAUGCAGGUUCAGCCCCUGGGAUAUGUGGAUUUUGGUAUGUAGAAGGAGGCAGCUGCUGGAAUCAAGCCCCUGAGGAUACAGAAGAACAACUGCAUACUUACUAGUUAUGUUGUUAUCUCUUCCCUCCCCAGAAAGUAAAUUUUGCAAAAAACGACUACAGAAAGAACUGUUGGCUUUGCAAAAUGACCCACCACCUGGGAUGACUUUAAAUGAAAAGAGUGUUCAGAAUUCAAUUACACAGUGGAUUGUAGACAUGGAAGGUGCACCAGGUACCUUAUAUGAAGGGGAAAAGUUUCAACUUCUAUUUAAAUUUAGUAGUCGAUAUCCUUUUGACUCUCCUCAGGUCAUGUUUACUGGUGAAAAUAUUCCUGUUCAUCCUCAUGUUUAUAGCAAUGGUCAUAUCUGUUUAUCCAUUCUAACAGAAGACUGGUCCCCAGCGCUCUCAGUCCAAUCAGUUUGUCUUAGCAUUAUUAGCAUGCUUUCCAGCUGCAAAGAAAAGAGACGACCACCAGAUAAUUCUUUUUAUGUGCGAACAUGUAACAAGAAUCCAAAGAAAACAAAAUGGUGGUAUCAUGAUGAUACUUGUUGAUGCCACUGUUACCAUCCUCCUAGCAGAAGAUAGUCCUACUGAGAAAAUGAGCACUUUGAUCAUUCAGUCUUUGAACUUUAACCUUUGACUGGAAGUGACCUAUAGGCAAUGAAGACUUCUUCCUUUUACUGCAUUUUUACUCGUGUGCAUUCUGGGCGCAUGUUGAUCGCUGGUUCAGUCCAAGCAACUGACAUGCUUUUAUUAGUCAUACAGUAUUAAUGCAGGUGUCAGGAAACGUCAAAUAUAAUUCCAUUUUUUAUUUUUAUUUUUUUAAGCUUUUGGAAAAGCUCCAGGUCCUCAUGUAUUGUGCAAUAACAAUGACUUCCUUGGCAGUUUUGGUACGUUCAUUGCCGGCAAUGGACGUUGUAACAGGAAAAGGUUUCAUUAACUCCUGCCACUCAAUGAUUAAUGCAUGAUAGGGCCUAUGAAAUGAACUUAUCAGUUAUAGUGGGAAUAUAAAUAAAGUGAGGGAUCCAACAUUACUUUAAAAGUUACCCCAACUGUUUAUAUUUGGAUUCUAUGCACUGUGAUCCUAAGAUUAACAGCAUGAAUUAACAUGCGUCUUUAGAGGACUGUAAUGAAAGAUCAUUGCGUAUUUAUUUAAUUGUUUAUAUCUGCUGUCAAUUUGUUUUGACAUGGAAGAUUUUCAAGUAACAUUGGCAGAGAGGUACAGUAUGUUAUCCCUAUGGUGAAAAUAAAUUCAUUUGUUGUAUAUAGUUCCUCAAUCUCUGAAGUAAAGGUAUGAGUAAUAUAGGGUAUGAAUGGUUUAAUCAAGGCUUUAUUUUGGAAGCAAGAAAAAUGGCAGUGAUGAUUAAAUUGCUGCAGUCCAUAAUUUGGGCUUAUUUGUACAUUAAAGAUUUUUUUCAAGUAGACUAUAGUCUGUUAACUUCCUGCUAGCCAUCAGCAUGAGCCCUACUGCCUAAACACUAUUUCAUUUAUUUAUGUUUGGAAAACCCGUAAACAUUUUUGUUUGCAAUCUUGUUUCUUUUGUUAUAAGUCAAGUUUGAAUGUUAUAAUACUUUUAUUGAAAAACAUUUGUUAAGUUUUUUCUUGUAAAUUUUCUUUACUUGUAAGUAUCAUCUUGUCCUUUAAUCCUGUACCCUAAAAUAAGAAAUACAUUUUUGACAGAGGCUUAAUGUUUUAACUAAAGAGUGUGGACAUUUUUAUUUUAAAAUUUAGGCAAAAAUCACUAUCAAAUGGUAUGUUGCUUAUUUGUCUCACAGCCAUAUAGUUUUUCCUGGAGGGUUUUGUUUUGUUGUUGUUGAAAAGACUUUGCUUACAGCAAGAUAAAAUUUUCUAUAGAAAAAAAAAAAUUGUUGAAAGGUCCAAUUCUCAGUACCAUGUGAGUUAAUGAUACUACAACUAAGUUCUUUUUAAAAAAAAGUGAUUAAUGUAUUUUAUAAAUUACCUUUUCACAUAUGCAAAAUCUGUUUCUACUGCAAUGUUAUUUUUACUAAUGCCUUAUUGUUGCACUCUUUUUGAAAUAUCCUGCAGUGAAUAUAUGAAUCAAUUUGGGCUUAAAACUAAAAGCCAGUUGGCUGAAAGGUUUGAAAUAUGUAACCCAGUAAAACCAUUCAAUCAAUAAUUGGUAAAUAAUAUUUUAAAAUUGUUUUUAAUCUGUAUAGAUGACAUUUUGUAGCUUUGUACAUGUUGUUAAUUAAGGGCAUAUAAUUUUACACUCUAAAAGUAUAAUUACUGAACUCAGGGGUGUGGGUAGACUUCAAAAAUAUGUCUGCUAUAGAAAUAACGUGAAAAAAAAUUAAAGCCGUGGCCAGCCACCAAAUUGUGAACACUGUUUAUAUACUGCUAGUUAACAAUGACCACUUUUAAAAAAUUAUACAGUUUUGUUCUGUCUUGACUAGAGAUUCUAUAUAUAUAUAUGUGUGUAUAUAUAUAUGUAAAUUCUCACAGUGAUCUCUGUCAGUUUUAUUGGUUGGCCGGUUUAACCAAGAUAGAAAGUCUUUGAAUUCCUCAUAGUUUUAAACUGCUUUUAAUAUGAAAAUUGCAGUGGUAAAUUAUGUAUUUUCAUAUUUUACAUAACUGCUCUACACUACUGUUUGACUUGAUCUUUUUCUGGGAGUGAGGGAGAAAUUCUUCUCCAUAUUGCUAGUCCUCUUACUAAAAUGCUUUUAUAAAGAAAUGACUGGUGACAUUUAUUCACCAAAGGAAUUAAUAUACUGGGUCAAAGAUUAACAAUGCUAUACUAUAGAGUAAUAGGUCAUAUAUAGCCUCAAUUGAGUUUUUAUAACAAUAUUUUAACAUACCUCUCUCUCUACAUAUAAAUACCGUAAACUAAAAUGAAACAGGAAAGUAGAGGAAAAUGAGAUAAUUUCAGUCAUCUUACAGUUUAAAGAGAAGAAAAUAAGAUGAAAUAUUCUAAAAUAUAGGAAUACAAACAUUCAAAAUUCAUAGUCAGAUUAACAGCACUCUCUUGAAUUUAGGAAUCAUUGAAAACUCCUUGCACUUAGAUUUAAUUUAUAUGUAAGUUACAUUAUGGAAAGUCAUAAGGCAUUUAUCUGAGUCAUUGCUCUACAGAGGGCAAUAAAUGAACAAUUUGUAAUAGUAAAAAGAAUAUUUCUCUGUAAUGUAUUGUUGAACGACAACCAGAAUAUCAAGAGAAUGUGUAUAGGAAUAUGCUACUUGCCUUCUCCCUGCAUUCCCUUGGUGGGCACUAUUUGCUACAUAGGCCUACAGAAUUAGACUUUCAUACCUAGAAGAUAAUAUACACUCUUUCUUUUUUAUUUAUUUAUUUUUAGUCCAUUUUCUGGUUUGCCAAAUUCUAUUAAGACGGUGAUAACAUUCACUUCCUUAUUUAUGCAUGCUUAGAUCAUGAACAUGGUGCCCUUCCCUUUUUUUUUUUCUUUUUUUGGUCAAGUAGGGAUUAAUGCCAUAGAUUUUAAGCAGAAGGACUGUUUUCAGCUUUUAAGAUAAUUUUUUUUAAAUACAUUUUAUGGUUGCUCUCUUAAGGAAUUAAUACUCAUUUUUGAAAGACUUACUUGUGAUAUGUAAUUUAUCAUUUUAGCCAGCAGGGAAAUAAAGCAUUUUUAAUCCCCGGAAGAAAGUGCUGGAAAUAGCUUUUAUAUAGUCAACAGUUCACCUGGAGAAAGAUCUGAAUCCUUGUUGUUUUGACUAGAAAUAUCAAUAUUUGGUAUAAAGUAACUAGAAUAGUUUAUUAAUUUUUCCCUUAUGAAAUUUUAAAUGUAUGCAAAUAUAUAUAUCAUUAGAUUCCUGUGGUGGAUAAUCCUUUCUUCAGAUUCUAAAACAGGUGUCUAGUAACUGCUUAAUUGUUUUCAAAUUGCAUCAAAGAUGAAUUGGUAAAUAAUGGAAAUGAGUAGUGAUAUGAAAAUGGUUAUGUGACUACAUACUGUUUCUAGUAAUUAAGUCUUAUUUUUAAAAAGCCUAUUGUUUUUGAGAAUUGAGAUAUUUUAAACUUGUUAUAACUUCUUCCUAAAAACAGAAGAGAAGAGGAGGUACUGUGUGUUCAAAAAUUUUUUUAAAUAAAGAAUUCAGUGUCACUAGUUCUUCUAUGCCUUUAUGGUUGCUGCUGCUUAUAUUUCUUGAUCUCACUUUCAUUAAUUUUUUUGUACAUAUCUUAGCUGAAUGCUUAAAAUGUCCAAUUACGUGUAACUGUGUAUGUAAAUUGCUUUUCAAAAAGAACUGAUGCUUAACCAAUAUUAUUCUUUUCUGAGGAUUCAUUAUCAGAAUUGGCGACUGUACUGUUCUAUGUUAUAGUAAUGCCCUUACUGCCUGUGCAUGAUUGAGGUCUGUGAAUUAGGUAUCUUUUAAUCUGCACCAACUGGCCACAGUCCUCUUCCUAGUCCUUUUUAAAUUUUUUAAAAUCCCUUCUUUUCUUCCUAUUUUUCUGUCUUCCCACAGAGGUCCAAUGUAUUAGUCUUCAGCAGUUUUCUUUUCUCACUUCUAAUUUUUUUUUUUUUUGAGGUUAGGGAAUCUAGAGAAAGACGAUAUUAAAAUUAUGCCAUAAAUUUUUAAAAAAUUUGAAAAGGCUCUCUCUCCAGUGGGGUGUGGUGGCUCACGCCUGUAAUCCCAGCACUUUUGGGAGGCCAAGGUAGGCAGAUCACCUGAUGUCAGGAGUUCGAGACCAGCCUGACCAACUUGGUGAAACCCUAUCUCUGCUAAAAAUACAAAAUUAGCCGGGCAUGGUGGUGCAUGUCUGUAAUCCCAGCUACUUGGGAGGCUGAGGCAGGAGAAUCGCUUGAACCCAGGAGGUGGAGUUUAUGGUGAGCUGAGAUCCCGCCACACUCCAGCCUGGGCAACAAGAGUGAAACUGUCUCGGGGUGUGGGGGAAAAAAGCUCUUCUUUGUACAAAUAAAACACAUGGAAUUUCUGAUACUGAUUUCAGUUCAUCAGUAGAUGGAUGGCUAAAUUUGUUGAAUAAUUACUUGGUAAAUGAGCUGUUUGCUGUAAUUAGUUCUUCAUUACAAUAUUAAAGAAAUUUUUAUUUUUGGAUGAAGACUCCCAAAGCCUAAUUAUUGCCCUUGCAAAUUAUUUUUCCCUUUAAAUUUCUAAGUCAUUUUGAGAUGUGGAAUUAUUAUUAUUUUUUAUGUUUUUUUGAGAUGGAGUCUUGCUCUGUUGUUCAGGUUGGAGCAGUGGCAUGAUCUUGGCUCAUUUUAACCUCCACCUCCUGGGUCUAAGCGAUUCUCCUGCCUCAGCCUCCCGAAGUAGCUGGGAUUACAGGCUUGCGCCACCACACCUAAUACUUGGUUUGGUUUUGUUUUGUUUUGAGACAGAGUCUCAGACUUGGGCUGGAGUGCAGUGCCAUGAUCUCAGCUUACUCUGCAGCCUUUGCCUGCUGGAUUCAAGUGAUUAUCUUGCUUCAGCUUCCCAAGUAGUUGGGACUACAGGUGCACACCACCAUGCCGGCUAAUUUUUUGUAUUUUUAGUAGAGACGGGGUUUCACCGUGUUGGCCAGGCUGGUCUCGAACUCCUGACCUCGUGAUCCACCCACGUCAACCUCCCAAAGUGCUGAGAUUAUAGGUGUGAGCCACUGUGCCCUACCCAAUUUUUGUGUUUUUAGUAGAGACGACACUUCACAGUGUCAGCUAGGCUGGUGUCAAACUCCUGACCUCAAGUGGCAUGAGCCACUGUGCCCAGCCUGGAAUUAUUUUUUAAAAUAAUUUGUGGGAGACUUGCUUUCUCAACAUGAAUUGUGUAUGGGUUGUUUUUGUUUAUGUGACAGGGUCUUGCCCAGGCUGGAGUGCAGUGGCACAGUCAUUGCACCCUUGACCUUCUUGGCUGAAGCACUCCUUCUGCCUCAGCCUCUCCUGAGUAGCUGAGUCUACAGGUGUAUGCCAGCAUGCCUGGAGACAUACAUAUAUACAUUUUUUUAAGACACGAGAUCUGACCAUGUUGCCCAGGCUGAUCUUGAAUUCCCGGGCUCAAGCAUUCCUCCUGCCUCAGCCUCCCAAAGUGCUUGGAUUACAGGUACAAGCCACCAUGUCUGGUCUGUUUGCUAAUUUAAAGAUAGGUUUAUUGCAUUAUUAUCAUUAGAGGCACAUAAAAUCUAGAAGUACUUGAAACAGCUCUUUGUCCUGAAAGUUGAAGUUAGGGUUUGAUUAUCCUGGUGAGAUGUUAAUUGUAAUUUUAAUUUUCACAUGUUAAUAUUGUGACUUGUAUUUUGUGAUGAGUCUUCAGAAUGAUUAAAUGACUAUUUUUUUAAUGAAAAAAAGUUUGUUAAAAUAUCAGGGUAUUUUGCAUAUGUGGAAGGAAUGCUGAAUAGGAGCUGAUCUAUCUUAUCAUACCUCAAGAACUCCGGUUUUAUAAGGUGAAUGAGUGACUGGGAAAAGGAGAGAUCCAGUUCUUGUUCUGUUUCUUGGCACAUAAUACUCUCUGGGUUUUGAGUAAAGAUUGGUCCUACAACAAUUCUAAGUUUUCUCAAAGGCAAAAGCAUGAUUUCACAAUGACAUCACUUAUCAGAUUUUCUGGUAUGUGGAAAGAUUGAAUUAUCCUGCCUCUUUUGAAGCCUGAAAUCUCCCAUAAGGAACUUGGUAAAUUUUGUCAGAUACCAUGAAAAUGCAUCUCUUCAUAGUUAACCACAGAUGGCUUAUGUAAAGGCAAACUGAUGGUCAGGCUCAAGGUAAGAUAAUUAUUUGAAUGGAUUAUCGAGUUGAUUAGUAGCCAAAAACUAAAUGCAUGUUCAGGUCAAAAUGAAUUUGUUCAUUUUAGUUGGUACCAUUUUCGUUUCAUCAUUCAGAACUACAGAUUAUGCAUUUUGUUAAUAGGAAUGAAAGCUCAUGGUUGAGGAUUCGAAUAAGGUGGAUUUAUGUAUUUUAUAAAUUCAAGUUGCAAAAUAUGUAAAGUCACUACUUUUUAAAUAGAAUAUAAAUGUUAAAACAGAUAAAUCUGUUAUAUAUUUUUAAAUACAUGUAUCAGACUGUUGAAUGCAGAUUACUUUGUGUGCUUUAUGGAAUUUCAUAACUUUAAAUAAUAAAGCAGUUGUCAUUGAAUUUUUUCUGUAGACUUGAAUACUAAAUUGGAUAGAUACCAGACCUCUUUUUAGUUUAUGAUGUAAAACUUUAUUUGUACAGUAGUUUCUCUUUGCAAAAGACUGUAUUUUAAAGGAUUAUGGAAACAGGAGCAUGUCCAUUUCCAAAAUGAGUGCAACAGAAUGAAGAAAGUCACUUAAACCACCUAUUUAACACAUCAUCUUUGUGUAAUAUGAUGAUGUGUUAAAUAGGUUAGUGUUUCUUUGUGUUUUAAUAAGUCGCAAUUAAAGACAGUGUUUUCAGAGAAGAUGGAAAUGGAGACCUAGGCACUUGCUUAGAGUUAUCGUGAGUCUGAUGUUGCUGAACUUCAAAUUGUACAAUUAAUUAUGGACAUACUGUAAAGAAUUUCUGGAUGCUUUCUGGAGUAUACAAACAGAUCAACUAAUUGACUUAAAUGAGUGACUCUUGAAGCUGCAAGAAGAGAAAGGAAAUAAUCGCAAGAAGGGGCUAUCUCAGUAUCUGUUAUUCCCGACAAUUAAAUAUGCUCUGCUGGUAAUUAUAAGUUUUCCUUUCUCCAGGGGAUCUACCUGCCUCAGGAGCACCUUAGUCAUUGAGGCAGGCAUUCUGCCAUAAAAACAAUCGUGUCUCAAGCUGUUCCUGCCGUCCUACACAACUAUGUUAGUAGAUGGUUAGAUAAAUAUAUGAUCCGUCUUCCUCUGUACUUUGAUAGUGCCCUUUUCCUUUAUUAUCAUCCUUAAAGUAAUUUCUACCUCCCAUGGUAAGAUUUGACUUCUCCACUAGUUUUAGCUACUCUGGAUAAGUGAUUCUGUUGAUGUCCUUCCUGUAUUUCUUACUCAUUUUCACACUAACAUAAUAUAUAACGAGAUUAAACAUAAGCUGAAUUGAAGGGUCAAGUGACAGCUAAGAGUUCUGUGUACUUGGAUAGUAAAGCUCAAAGCCACAGUGGUUCUCUCUCCUGUUUGGGGCCCCUUUCAACCAUUUUUUUAGUUUAUUUUUAAUGUUUGCCUGGAUAACGUGAAAUAUGUAAGUGGGAAUCCCUAUACCCUUUACAGUUAAGUGGAUUAUGGAAAUAUUUUAAUAAAAAGGGUUUAUCAACUAA